CAACGGUUCAUUUUCAUCGGUAAAAGGCGUGAUCAUCGGUCGCAGCCUCGAAUUAAAUUAAAGUGUGUGAUUUACCUAUUUUAGUGCGUAAUUUAAUUAAUUAAUUAGUUCCUUAGUUGAUUAUAAACAUGGUGCGUUCAUCGUUGGCGAUACUUUGCGUCGGGUUUGUGGCUUUGGCUGCUGCUCAAUUAGCCGAUGAAAAUGGUCGAUCUGCCGAUGGAAGUUCAUUGACCGCCGUCGACCUUCUUCAAAAUAUUUACAAUGAAUGUUUGCAAGAAGGAUCGUUCUCCUGCGUAAAGCCCAAAGUGUUGGCUUUCCUAAGCACGUCGAUGGCUAAAGAUAAAAUUAGACUUACCAGGGACUUGACCAUCGUUAGCAGCGAUUCGACUCAAUCUCCCAGUUCUUCGAUUUACAACGAAGUAUCCAAAGUCUCCGGAUUGGAUGCUGAUAAAAAAGAAGAACUACGAUUAAUGGCGUUGGACAAAUUGGACGAAUUUUUACAUAAUCACGAACUACGUAUCAGAAUACCGAAAGAAAUCACAACCGGUGAAUUACCGUCCAUGGUGCCGAAAAUUCUUACCAAAAAUUUACCAGAAGAGAUCAAAAUACCUUUGACUGGCAGCGACAGCGAAGCAUCAACUGGCAGAAGUAAAAAAUUCCUGAAACGUGUCGUGAUGCCUUUCUUAAUCGGUCUCAAGUUCAAAGCUACCACCUUGAUCCCUCUGGCUUUCGCUUUAAUCGCUCUAAAAACGUGGAAAGCUUUCACUUUGGCUUUAUUAUCGAUCGUGUUAUCCGGUGCAAUGGUCAUCUUCAAGUUCUCCAAACCGAAAGUCAACUACGAAGUUAUCCAUUACCCGCAACCAGUUCCUGUAUUUGAUGCCCACCAUCAUCCUCACGAAUACGCUCAUGCUCAUCAUAUUCACGAAUACGCUCACGCUCACGGACGUCAACUAGAUGCUCAAGAAAUGGCGUAUAACGGACAAUUAUAAUAGAGAAUUUUUUCAUAUUUUAUCGUUUUUUCGACGACGUGUUUUUUCUAAUUAAUUUAUUGUACCUUUUUUUUACCAUACACGUCGUUGCGAAAAAAUAAUGAAGAAAUACGAAGGGGAGGUUUAAAAAAACGAACUGAAAUUGGAGUUUAAUAUUUUAGAAAAUGCGAACAAACAAACAAUAAAGUCUUAGGUAAUCGUUUAAUUAUUCUAUCAUUACAAAGUGCAUCGUGCUCUCUGUUAUUUCCCAACUAACAUUCUUUAAAAUUAUUCAAAUGAAUUUGGUAUUGGAAAAAAUAGCUUUAAAUUUUCUACUAAAAAUAUUUAAAAAAUAUUCAACUUUUUUAAAAAAUAUUCUCGAAAAAAUAGUCAUACAUUUUCUACUAGAAAUAAUUUUUAAAAAAAUUAAAAAAUAUUCGUGGCCUUUUUUUUUGAAAAAUAGUGUACAUUGGCGAUUUUUAAAAUAGUGAAGAAGAAUGUUUAUAAUAUAAGUUAUGGGGUGUUAAUUUUCAUAAGAUGAAAGCUCGAUUUCUUUAAUUUGUGUGUUACUAACUAUAGUGAACCCCAUUGAGUGGCAUGUUCGCUGCAAACUGAUUCCUGGAGUUAAUCAGGAGAAGAAUCAUCAGAUAUUGUUUUCAUUCUGAAAUCAUUAGUAUUAAAUACAGAAAAAUAAAACUUCCCGGAUACUUA